AUGGGUCCUAAAGGAGAAGGAAGAAAAACGACGCCUCUUCCCACGCCAACAUGGAAUUUCGCCAAGGUUGCUAGUGAGGUCGAAGAGUCAGGCAACUCCACGAACUCGCCUCUCAAGUACCACACUGGCGGUAUAGAUGACGUGAAGCACGACUUGCUCGCCCUUAAGAAGGGCGAGGUAUACUCACGAGACGAGUUCUACAACCGAGUCAAGGCCUGGUACAAGGCGGAGAUCGACCGUGUCCUCUUGCUGGAAGACCACAAGAGGGCGCGCGAAGAAAAUCACGGGACAAGAGCCUAUUGCGGUCUCUCAGAACCAGACGGCGUAGACUGUCUGCUACCUCCACGCUCGAGCACAGAUAAAGUCCAAGCCCCAACGCGAGUCCAACCCUCCAGGGCAGCAAAGCGUAAAGUAGCUCCUACUACCGCUGCCCCAGCCACCAAGAAGCGAGCCACUGGCCGAAAGAAAAAGGAGGACCAGUUACAGUACUUCCCCUUGGUGGGAGGUGAUUACGAACUUGACUCGUACGAUCGGGAGCGUGCCAUCAUCCGCUGUGAUGGAUUCUUCAAAAACGCCCCCGACAACGACGUAUCCAUCUUCAUCCUCCGCGUCUCGCGCUAUAUCGCCAGCGAAACCACCCUGAUCCACACGAACGGCUACAUCCGCAGGCGAAAGGCAGGGAAUCUCCGCUGCGCCUUGGAUUCCGCUCUCAAGAGAAAAAAGUACAAGUUGCCAAAAGAGAGCAAAUUCCAAUCCGCGGCGGUGGUGCUCCCUGACGAGGACUGGGUUGACGAGGACCAGUGGGGGCCACGUCUCCCACCUUUCCCAAAUGCAGGGAAGACCUACCUCGUGGAAGAGUUCUUGGAAGCCAGUAAGUCCACCGCUGAAAUUCCGGUCCCGGAGGUCGAGAUGGAGAUUAGUCCUACGCUGGGGAAGUGGCCGUCUUCUGGUGAGACGCGUGGAGGCAGCCGGAGAAGGAAAUCUGUAGACCUUAGGUUGUGGUGUCCGACUGAAGAGGUUGGUCAAGCGAGGGAGAAGAGGGAUAAGGAGUUGAAGAGUAAUCCGAAGAGGGCGAUAUUGGAGAAGUUGGAGAGGGAUUGCACGUGA